AUGAUUAUCCUGCGCGGAGUAGGCGUCCAGAACAGCGUCCCGCCCGGCGCAGACGCCCAGCACGGUGCUCCGCACCUGGUAGACGCCCAGGCCGGGGCAGUCCCCGGGGCUGACCCCUCCCCCCGGCCCCGCCCGGCCCCUCGGGACGCGCCGCUUUCCGGAGCGGGGGAGACGCCCCCGCCGACAGUAUAUAAGACGGUCGGUGCCGGAGGCCGCUCCUGCUGCCGCUGCCGACCCCGCUCGGAGGUGCGCCCGGCGGCGGCGAGGAUGCGGGCGGGGGCGGCCCUGCGCGGGACGCUGUGCCUGGCGCUGCUCUGCGCGGCCAACGCGGGAGACAAGCGGCGCUCCGAGCACCAGGCGGACCCCAAAACACCCAAAACCCGGCUGGAUUCCGCGGACCGGCUCCCGAUCCUGUCCGGUGUGGACGCGGUGGCCCUCAAAACCCGGCUGGAUUCCGCGGAGCGGCUCCAGAUUCCGUCUGGUGGGGACUUGGUUGCUCCCAAAACCCGGCUAGAUUCUGCAGAGCGGCUCCCGAUCCUGUCCAUUGGGGCGGCGCUGGCCCCCAAAACCCGGGUGGAUUCCGCGGAGCGGCUCCCGAUCCCGCCCCGAGGGGACGCGGUGGCCCUCAAAACCCGGGUGGAUUCCGCGGAGCGGCUCCAGAUUCCGUCUGGUGGGGACUUGGUUGCUCCCAAAACCCGGCUAGAUUCCGCAGAGCGGCUCCCGAUCCUGUCCAUUGGGGCGGCGGUGGCCCCCAAAACCCGGCUGGAUUCCGCGGAGCGGCUCCCGAUCCUGGUGGCCCCCAAAACCCGGCUGCAUUCCGCGGAGCGGCUCCCGAUCCUGUCCAUUGGGGACGCGGUGGCCCCCAAAACCCGGCUGGAUCCGUCGGAGCGGCUCCCGAUUCCGUCUGGUGGGGACUUGGUUGCUCCCAAAACCCGGCUAGAUUCCGCGGAGCGGCUCCCGAUUCCGUCUGGUGGGGACGUGGUGGCUCCCAAAACCCGGGUGGAUUCCGCGGACCGGCUCCCGAUCCUGUCCAUUGGGGACGCGGUGGCCUCCAAAACCCGGCUGGAUUCCGCGGAGCGGCUCCCGAUUCCGUCUGGUGGGGACGUGGUUGCUCCCAAAACCCGGCGGGAUCCGUCGGAGCGGCUCCCGAUCCCGCCCCGAGGGGACGCGGUGGCCCCCAAAACCCGGCUGGAUUCCGCGGAGCGGCUCCAGAUUCCGUCCGGUGGGGACGUGGUGGUCCCCAAAACCCGGCCGGAUCCGUCGGAGCGGCUCCCGAUCCUGUCCCAUGGGGACGCGGUGGCCCCCAAAACCCGGCCGGAAUCCGCGGAGCGGCUCCCGAUUCCGUCUGGCGGGGACGCGGUGGCCCCCAAAACCCGGCUGGAUUCCGAGAAGCGGCUCCCCAUCCCGUCCGAUAGGGAUGUGGUUGCCCGAAAACCCCGGCGGGACGGGUCGGAGUGGCUCCCCGUCCCGUCCGACGGGACCGCGGUGGCCCCCCAAACCCGGGUGGAUUCCGCGGAGCGGCUCCAGAUUCCGUCCGGUGGGGACGUGGUGGUCCCCAAAACCCGGCCGGAUCCGUCGGAGCGGCUCCCGAUCCUGCCCCGUAGGGACGCGGUGGCCCCCAAAACCCGGGUGGAUCCCACGGAGCGGCCCCCGGUCCCGUCCGCUAGGGUCUCCGGGCCGGCGGAUACCGCGAAGACCGGGGCGGCCUGUCCGGAGCGGCCCCGGGGGUCCUCGGCCCACCCCGGGACCCGGUCGGAGGGUCCGGAGCGGGUGGGGGCCGGUGGGGCGGCGGGUCCCGCGGCCGCCCGGGAAGCCCGCUCCCAUCCCGCGGACCCGCCCCGGCCCCGGCGCAGGCGCUACAUCUCUCAGGACGACAUGGUCGCCAUCCUCGACUACCACAACAAGAUCCGGGGCCAGGUCUUCCCUCCCGCCGCCAACAUGGAGUACAUGGUUUGGGACGAGAACCUGGCCAAGUCGGCGGAGGCGUGGGCCGGCUCGUGCAUCUGGGACCACGGGCCUUCGUUCCUGCUGAGAUUCCUGGGCCAGAACUUGUCCGUGCGGACCGGCAGAUAUCGCUCCAUCCUGCAGCUGGUCAAGCCCUGGUACGACGAGGUGAAGGAUUACGUCUUCCCCUACCCGCAGACCUGCUCCCCUCAGUGUCCGCUCCGCUGCUUCGGGCCCGUCUGCACGCACUACACCCAGAUGGUCUGGGCCACUUCAAACCGCAUCGGCUGCGCGGUGAACACGUGCCAGAGCAUGAACGUCUGGGGGGUCGUGUGGCAACGCGCCGUGUACCUCGUCUGCAACUACGCCCCCAAGGGCAACUGGAUCGGCGAGGCGCCCUAUAAAGUCGGGGUGCCGUGCUCUGCCUGCCCCCCGAAUUACGGAGCCUCCUGUACUGACAACCUGUGUUUUCCCGGGGUCACUUCAAACUACCUCUACUGGUUCAAAUAAACGGACCGUGAGGAAGCUCUCCGGAUAAACCGAGCUUGUCCAGUGGAGUUUGCACGUAUUAUACAUACUGUGUGUGUGCCGCGCGCGUGUCGUGUGUGAGGUAACCUCGUUUUUUCCUUUUCUAUUCAUCUGUAUAAAUCAGCUCUUGUAUCGACCCAUUUUCCCCUCCGGGGAGACCCCGGCGCCGUCCGAGAUCCCACCCCCGCCGUCGGACCGGAGCGGAAGUCGCUCGCUCGGUGGCUGAUUAAAAGGGUGGAAACGGUCA